AUGAAAAUCCUAAUCCUGAAUGGCUACAGAAGGACUCCUCCAAAUAGCAAUAAGUUUGCCAACUUUUGUAAGGUGGUUAAAGAAGCUUUCCGGAGGCACAAGGCCAAAUGCUCUAGCGAUAUAGAGUUCGUAGUCAAAGACCCAACCAAUAUUGAUGAUUAUCUCUAUGAGACCCUCAGUGAACAUACUGAUGAGGAAUCCAAAAAGAGGUUUGAUUCAGUUGACAUGGUGUUUAUUGAUGGUGAAGCCAAUUCACUACCUUGGAGCCCCAAGGUCGCCAAGAUAGCAAUGCUCUUCCGAAUGUGUAAACUUACAGACAAGUGUCUGUUUGCAGCAGGUUUUGGCAUCAAUAUGCAGGUCUACCAUUGAGCAACAUCGUUUGAGAAAAUCAACGUCAUUAAUGGUAAUUCAAAAGGAGGACUUCUGCAAGAUAUCCAUUUAAUUGACCUUAACUUCGCUAGAAAUUGCACCAGGAGCCAAGUCUUCCUCGAUCAUGCCACUGGAGAUUAUUAUAUGUAUAAAAAGGAUGAUAAUGAAACUGGAAUAUGGGUCCCUCUUGGCAACGUAGGUUUGCACUAUGCUAAAGCUGCUGAAGAAGGAGGAACUGAAGGAGCCUUUAUGACUAAAGUAAAAGUCUAUAAGCCCAAGCCCUCCAAAUACUCCACUCACGAGGUACUAAAAUCAAAGAUCACAGAAAGGAAAUGCACUAUAAAAUAAAGAGCAUCUGCAUCACUGGAUUGCUAUAGGACUACAGAGAGAAUUUGUUGCUAUCAACGAGAGUAUGUGGGAUCCCCAUCCGGUCCAGAUGAUGACCACAUCAGUGUAUGAUAAGAACUAUACCACCAUCGCAGACUCUGACAAAGGUCCUGAAAUGAUUGAACAUUUAAACACAAUUGCCGUUCAGUUCCACAUCGAGAAGAAAUAUCCUGCCACAGUUGAGAUUUUGAAUAAUUUUGUGAAUAAAUAAAUUUGAAGUUAUCGUUGAAAACUCACGAGCUGACAUGUCUCUUGAAGAAGCUGAGAAUUAUAGGAGAAGUAUGAUGUAUACCAAGGUUGCUGCAGCUCCUAAACCUCAUGAAGAAGUCAAGAAUCAAGGCAAAGCCAUGUUUAUUAAAAGAAACAGUAUGGGAAUGCAGACCAAUUCGGUAAAGAAAGAAGGCAUCCGGCCUGUAACAGCUCGGACGGGAACAUCAGGAUUUUCAGUCAGAAAUAUAUCAACAAGAGCUAGCUCUAGGAAGAGCCAGACUAGGGGUAUGAAUGGGAAAGGAAAUAGAGCUUCCUCAGCAAUGCACUCAAGAGGUCCAACGCCAAGUAAGGUGAGAUGUUUCAGUGCUGGAAGGACUAUGAGAAACCAAUCAACAGCAGCAACAGAUAGUAGAAUAACUUUAAAAUCGAAUCUUCAAAAUAAGCAUGCUUCUUCCACCCAGAUAAUAAAACCAGAGGAUGCAGAGAAGCUGUCUACAGCAAAUAAACAGCUAGUUAAAUAAGUUCAAUGAUUUUUUGAAGCACAACACUAGGAGGAACACCACCAAUUCUCAGAAGUUAGCUAAGACAGUGAUGAACUACAUCGAAACUGAAAUAACUCACCCUGAGUUGAGGAAACAGAAUGAAUUUAACAGGAAAAAGUUGUCUAAUUAUGAUAUGAAUAUCUAUUACCAGCUAAAUUUGCUCAAAGACAUGCAUACGAAAAAAGAGAGCACCAAGAAGGACAUCAGACAAAUGCUUCACCCUGCUUUGGAGGAAGAUAAUAUGCCGAAGACCAAUAAGAAUUUGGUAGGAGCCAAGGCGCAUAUAAAGAACAUGUUUACCAAUAAGACCAGGAUCAAGAUUAACCCUAGGUUUUAUACAAGGUAUAAAGAAUUCUCUAAGCUUCCUCCUACCAAUCUUGAUGUCCCCGUGAUAAGAAAUGCCAGUCCAUAUAUCAGUGAGGAAGAACUUUAUAGGAAAGAAUAUUUGAAUAAUAAGAAGAAAUGGAUGGGAAAGAAGACGUUUAAAAAUUUCUUCGGCAAGGCAAGUAGCUCAACUGCAUGAAAUUUCAUUCCCAAUUAUGUCACGAUCACUCCUUCAGAACCUCCUAUCUUACAUAAGUUCAGAGAUCUUGACAGGGAGAAAUGGGUUGAUGAAAAUUUCAAGUUUUAAAUUUUUAAUUCAAUAUCAC